UUAGGCGAGUGCCUACAGUUUUGUUUUACACAGUUUUGAAGAUCAAAUCAGAUAGGUGAUGUCCCCCAUUCUCCAUACAUUGAAUAAGCCGAUUUGUGGUGUGGUUAUGUUGGCAAUUUAUUCCUGGAUGUUGGUCUUCAAAUCUUGUAGGGUCCUUAGAUGGUUGACAUAAACACGAAUAAAACAGCCAUAGAUGCCCUAAAAGUGUGUGCCAUUGCACCGUCUUAUUGGAACCAAAGGCCCAUAAGUUAUUGUCAAUUGAAAAAGGUCAUAAUGGUGGCCGUCAGUAAAAAGUAAUUUAAGUAUUUGUGGUUUCAUUUAGCGGCCAGAAAAUCAUGGAGGCCUAUCAGCAUGAAAACCACAGGAUAAAUUUCAGGUGUUACAUUAACUAAACUGCUCCUGUUUGAAAUCCUUUUAUAACAUCCUGGUGCUUUUCUUCCAGCUCAUAGAUGGCAUCUGCCAACAACUAUUAAACUUCUACAGAUCAGGAGAACCCCAUUUAAAAAAAUUCACUAUGCAAUUCAUACCAAGCCUGGCAUUCCUCCACCUCACGGACAAAUCGCAAACAUCUGUUCAAACCCUACUAGUCAGCCUGUACAACCUAGAAGUUAUUGAUUCUAAAGGGCAACCUAGAACUGUAUCCUUUAGAAUUCCCAGCAUCGCCCAGUCUUCUAUAUACCAUGAUUCUAGCACGCUAGAAUCAGCUUUCACAGCUCAAAAUUCUUUGAGGCGAUGGGAAGAGUGUAAUUCAAAAUUGAUAAGUUGGGGUCCAUUGCCUCAAGUUGAGUGCCUCAAUGCUCAAAAUAGGCAGAGGGUUGUGACAGCUUUGAUGUUUUUGUAUACCAGGCAAAUGGCUGAUGUUAUACAACAGGGGAUUGAGUUCACUUGUAGAGGAAUCUCAAGGAUAGUGACACAAGGAUUUAGUAUGUCAUCCGUAAGCAACCGUAGUUCAUGUGCCAGUGACAGUAGCUUACAACACAGCUCUCUGCCUAGAGUUCCAGUAUCAGGUCCUCUAUUGAUUGAACUGUGCCACUUGAUAUAUCAUGCUGCUGAAAGAUGUGCCGCUAUGGCGAUACAAGCUUUACAUGACGUUAUACAGCGAGCUAGUUACGAGUGUUAUGCAGAAGUUUUGUUGGCUGGAAAUGCGAUAAAAAACCUGAUGCAUCACUCGCCGACAGUAUCUGCUGCUCCACGGCCGUCUCACAGUCAUGGCGUGUCAAAAUCCAUGAUUACAAAUGCUUCUUUCCGCACCAAAAAGCUGCCUGAUGAUAUACCAAUCCAAGAUCCAAACCAAACAACUCAAUCUGAAGUGCCUCUAGACUCGAUAACAGAAGAACAUGAAGAUGGAGAUAAGAAAUCGAAAGCCGGUGCUUUGAAACACUUACCUAAGCUACCAGGGCUUAGUAAAAAGCAUAAACAGAAUAAGCAAGGAGAACAAGUGGAGAUGGCUGGUGGAGAUCAAGAAAAGGGUAACGUCGAAAUAAACCACGCGGUGCAUGUUAGUGCAGUUUAAAAUAUGUGAAGAUAUAGUUUGAAUAAUCCCUUCACAUAUCCGAGUCAUACUUUCUUAUCAUCACUGUUAUCAUACUCAGAUAUUGUAAAAUCGUCGUCACGGCCAGGGGUCAAUUCUUGGUAAUGACGGUGUGAAAUAACCAGUUUAAAGUGUUAUAUUCCUUUUUCUGGUAGCCUUUGACGUAUUUUUGACAGGGCCAGCUUCUAUCGCCACUCCUGCCCGAACAAGAAUUUCACAAUGGUGGAUAGCGUUGCGUUUUAGUACCAUAGGUACUCGUAGGUCAUCAUUUUCUCAGAGCCGUAUAUAUACAUAUACGUACCUGCAUACAUGUACAACCUAGCAAGCAGUAACCUAUUGCUGGUUUCUUAGUAUGUUCUUAUCAUCUUGUACCUUACUCAGAUUCAUCCGCCUUACUGUCACUGGUCAAUCCAAGUUUAGUAAUAUUUGGGAUCAACCUUGCACAUGUUGCAUAAUAUUUCUCCUGUCAUCUAACAAAAAGCGACUCCCCUUCAUCACUUCUAGCUUCAGCGCCUUUUUAUAGAAUGUGGAUUUCUCCUCAGCCAGAAAAUUAAUGCGGGAUACCAGCCACCAUUAGCAGUGCAUCGGUCGACACCGUUCUUUAAGCACAGACCAGCUGUCUAUAUUUCUUUUUCCUCAAUGCCUUGUUAUAUUGUAGAUAGAAGCUCCGUAUGCAGCGACUUUACCUUGUCGCUUUACACACGCUGAGAUACUUGAUAGCAUUUUGGCUGUACAAAUAUCAGCAUUCUCAAUAGCCAUUGAAGUUAGCUUCUGUCUACUGGAAAUAUAAUCAUUUCGGUCUUCUCAUGAAUUAACUUCAAGCGAUUUUCUUCCAUCCAUAUGGAAAUUCUGAUGUUUCCAAAAGUCUUCAUAGUAUAAGUCUCUCCUUGCUAGUCACUAUCAUCGCCAGGUCAUCAGCAUACACUAUCAUGCAAAUUCCCGGCAGCAUCUGCAGUCGAAGAUUCCCGUCGAAGAACAGGUUCCAAAGCAACUGCCUUAGGAUGAAGCCCUGCGCCACUCCCAUUAUUACUUUCAUGUUUUUUGUCCAAUCUCUUCUCGUUAAAUUAACUCUUUAUUAUGUUCAAUAAAUAGCUAGAGGUGUCUACCUUCUAGAUAUUUCCAACGAUUUUCUGCCAUUGUGCCAUUCUUGAUGUCGAAGGCAACCCAUAACGCAAAACCUCUUACUAUCGUAGCUGCCGCUAUCCGCAGCUUUCGCCCUUUCUAAAUUCAUAUUGCGCGGGAAACAGAGUGUUCUUUUCCUCGAUAUAUUUUCUUAAUCUAAUCAGCAGUUCUAGUAGCUUUCCCAGUGAACUCGGCAGAGAUCUGUAUUCUGUACUAUCAAAAAUUGACCUACAGGUUGCCUUUAUGAACAGUCAUUAUUUUUUUUAUACUUGAAUCACCACGAAGGCCUAAACCCUAAACUCCCAAUGGGUACCGUGGGGCAAUAGUGGGAUAUAGGGGAAAGGGGGAGACGUUACACGGACUCUGACGAGGGAACAUGUGUGCAUGCAACAUGCUCUUAUGCUGGCCCCACCUUGAUCCGGCGGGUGGUACCUCCGCGCUCGGCAGUCACAGACUAUCCGGUACGAACUACUACUACUACCUUACUACCAGCAAGAAAAGUGUGGUACCCCUCGGCAGUUCGUUGCUGAGGAAGCGUCUUUCAAGGUUGACGGCGCUGCUAAAGAAAUCAGAACAUGAAAGACGGUUUUACUUAUCUUGAGUUUGCAUAAUUUGGUUUUAUACUGGUGAUUUUGUUUACAGAUUACAAGCAAAAAGGGUAAAAUAGGGGUAUGAGGGUGAAGUAAAUUCAAAUAAAAUGUAGUUCAAUAUUCAACGGGCAUGAAGAAAGGUUUAUGGAAAGUAGAGAGAACUUAUAAAAGUGAAUAAAUUAUUUUGUAAAGAAAUGCAUAAACUCAUAUUUAAAUGUCAAAUCUCAUAAACGAAACCGUAUUCUUUCUGAUGUACUAAGUAUACAGGGUGUCCUCAAAGUUGGAACUUUACAGAGCGUAUAGAUCAGGCACUAAUAGACAUUUUUAGUAACACAUAAAGCUUUAAAAUAACCGAGAUCUUAGGUUCCAAAAGCAGUAAAUGAACCAGUACGACCCUGCCUCCCGCCCCUCUCACAAUCGUCUCAUACGUCAAAACGUAUGAUGUAGUCUUAGUGAGUCGGUAACCAAAUCAGUUGUCGUGUGGUUUAGUUUAUAACAAACCGCAUUCGAAAAUCUGAAAUUGACACACUCCUAGAGCAAUAACGUAGUUAUCGAUUUGAUAUGAGCAUCUUCAAGAUCCUAUUGAUAUUCCGCGAGUGCACUCAGAACGUCGCUGUCGCCCUCGAUGUUUCUUUCCAUCAGAGCUGCAUGUUUGUUUGUAUCGUGCAAAAGCAAUAUGGUUGAACACAGUGGAAGAUAUAGGCAGCCCCAAAUGUUGCAAACUUGGGAAGAGGUAAACAAACUCGUGUUUCUGAAUCGAACAGAGACAACUUCAAGCAGUGUUCACAAACAAAACAUGUGACAGGGCAGUUCCGGAAAUUCCUUACCAAUAGUUAGUAUUUUUGUUCAAUUUUUUACGUUUUCGGUGUUGUUUUACCGCAAUUUAGCUUUCGUAUUGCAAAAGUAGUUGACUCUGAAAAGGAAAGUCCCAAACUUUCAGGACACCCUGUAUGCACUUGCUCUAAAAAACGAAUCACUCAAACGUUUUGUAAAUAGCGUAUUUAUUAACAGACAAAUAUAAUACAUUUAAGCAAUAUAUUGUUGUAUAUCUUGUUAUAGCCUUCAUGUGAUAUCUGAUUGUUGGUUUAUUUUCUCCUAAAACAAUUGGAGUGUGCGGGAUGUUUCGCACAAAUUCGAAAAAUUUAAUAUUUUUUUUCAAUUCUGGAUAGUUGAAGCAUUCUCUCGUGUAUAAGUAUCAUUCCAGACGUGGGUUGUACAUGACCUCUUUCAUUUUGGAUAAUUUUUGAAAAACUUAUGCGAAUGACAUAGAAAAAAGCACGCAGAUACCAGUAGAAUCAAACAAUUUUCCAAAUUUGUUAUGAAACAUUCUGUACAAGUAGAUAUGUAUGGAUAUUUUUUUGAAUAAGAUGUUACACAAAAUUACUCUAAUAUAGGUCUAAUUGCCACUAUGUGUUUCUAAAAGUAGUUAUCAUUCAAAUAUUGUCAAGACUAAACCAUCUGAUAUACGAAAAACCAAGUAUUUCAUAUUAUGUAUCAUGUUUCUAAAUAAUUGUCCUCAUCAUUCGUUCAUACAUAUAUUUUUCAAUAUCACAGUGAAUGUAUUCAAAACUUGUUACCAAAAACUUGAUGCAAUUUUUGUGAAGAAUUAUUUUGUGAUAUGUAGUUUAUGAAGUGAAUAAAUUACGCAUAACAUAUAUAGGGUGAUUCAAAUUGGGUUUCCACAUUAAAAGUAUUUAAAAAAAAGAAGACAUUGAAAAUUAUAAAAAAGUGUGUGUUUGCCCUUUCAGGGCAGUUCAUUGCAAUCAUGCUUGAAAGAUGAUAUCAAGUAAAUGACCGCUGCGGCUCAUGUGGCAUGACGUAAUCCGUUUCGAGAAAUUUUCGACUACUCCGUGGCACAAAUCAGGUCCUAUGUUGGUAAUUCCGCGACUGAUCUCCUGUUUCAGCUCCACAAUUGUGUUCGGGUUAUUCUUGU